GUCAUGGACGACAUCUUUAGAACUGAAGAAUGGGAUGAGGUAAAAUCUGUUUUUCCUAAUUGCUUUAAUGGAAGCAGAAUAUUGAUCACUAGCCGAAAUAGAGAAGUGGCUUUACUUGCAAGCGAUACUCCUCCCUACAUUCUCCCACUUCUUAAUCAAGAUGACAGCUGGGAACUCUUUAAGAAAAAGGUGUUUCGAAAUGGAGUUUGUCCUCCUGAAUUAGUAAUUCCAGGGAGACAAAUCGCAGAAGGUUGUAAGGGAUUACCCCUUUCAAUUGUGGUACUUGCGGGCCUUUUAGCAAAGAAGGAGAAGUCAUUAUACAUAUGGUCGAAAUAUGUUGAUCAUGUAACUUGUUUGGAUACUGAUAUGUGCCAGAAAGUUCUAUCCUUAAGCUACACGGAUCUGCCCCGACGCUUGAAACAAUGCUUUUUGUAUUUUGGCAUGUACCCAGAAGACUUCGAGAUACCUGUAAAGCGAUUGAUGCACCUAUGGGUGGCGGAGGGUUUCAUACAACACAAUGACCAUAGAUAUUCUGAGGAUGAUGCUGAAAUCUACUUGGAGGAGCUCAUUGAUCGAAGCUUGAUCCAAGUGGCUAGGAGGAGGUCAGAUGGAGGAGUAAGGACAUGCCGUAUCCAUGAUCUUUUGCGAGAAUUUUGCAUAAAGGAGAGUGCAGAAGAGAUGUUUUUUGCGGUUCAUUCAUAUAACCGUUCGAUCCCGAACAAUUGCCGCAGGCUAUCCAUCCAAGUUAACAAUGCUAAGCAAUACAUUAAUGCCAACCCCUCUAUCCCUACAAGCGCCCGUUCUUUGUUCUUCUUUGCUGAUGACGACUGGAAUUUGAAGAAGGAUGCUGUUAGCUUGAAGUGGGUUCAAAAGAAAUUCAAAUUUCUUCGUGUGCUUAAUAUUCAGAAAGUAGCAACUACAGAAUUUAGAGGAAGCAUAGCAAAAUUUAUCCAUUUGAGGUACUUGACGAUACGAUUUUCUUCUUAUACAACUGUUUUUCCUGAUUCUAUUGUCAAGCUUACGAAUCUAGAGACUCUUUACGUAGAGAGCUAUGGGUUAAAGAAAUGUUUGCUGAAAGGGAUAUUUAAACUGAAACAUUUAAGAAAUCUGUAUCUGCGUGGGGUAAGGGUAUUUUCAUUUGAACCUUGCGAUUCGGAGGAAGCUCUAGGGAGCCUCCAAGUCCUUUCUGGCCCAGCAAUUUAUUGUGAUCCUCAAAAGCGUAGUUUCCCUGCCAUACUGGAAAAGUUUCCUAAUCUUAGGAAAUUGAAAAUACAAAUUGUGGAGGAGCAUCGUGAUGAUGGCAAAGAAGUAGUUUCUAUUCCAAGCCUCCACCAUUUAGCUCAUCUUGAAAUAUUGAAAAUUAGGACUUUCGGAAUAUAUGAUCAAGCUGGUCGCAUACCAUCGAGAUUCACCUGUUCUCCGAAUUCAAUUCCAUCGAGAAUCACAAAGCUAACCUUAAGCCAUGUUGUUUUAGAAGUCAGAUGCGUGACAAUGCUGGGACAGCUUCCCAGUCUUCGGGUCCUCCAACUAGAAUAUACAGAUCCUGAUUUAUCUGAUAAAAGCAUUCACGUCAUUGCAAAUUCGUUUCCUCAACUCCAAUUCCUCAAAUUGGAACUUUUGUCAAUCGAAAAAUGGGAACAGGAGGGGGGGGUGCAAUGCAAGCCUUAAGCAUUUAGUUAUCAGUUAUUGUUAUGGCUUUACUAGCCUACCAGAACUAUUGAGAUUGACCAGUUUGCAAUCUGUGAAGGUGAUACAAUGUCCAACAUUGGCUACAAUGCUUAGGGAAUCGCAGACGGAAGUUGGGUUUAAUCUACUGAUCAAUAAUUGAUCAAUUUUCUAAUCUACUGGAGAUCGAACAUGCGCGCUGAGAACUUCAACAGUCUUCCUUUCUAUUGCUCUUACUCGAGGUUGUCCUCCUUGAUCAAUUGCUAUUAUGAGUUACAUGCGUGGAUGGCUGCCCCCCGCUCUAUG